CCCCAAUGAAUUCUCUCAUUCUUAUUUCUAUCGCAGCUUUGGCUGUUGUCCACGCACAGUACGGAGCUCAGCAGGCUCCACCAGCCUACGCGCCACCGGCUCAAUAUUAUCCACCAGCAGCACUUAAUGAUAAUUAUGUGUGCACAAUCCAGGCCAACUAUGGACUCUUCGGACAGGGCGGAAAGCAUUACCGUCCAACGGUGAACUAUUGCCAAGACACGUACAAGAACGAUUCCUGUGAUAAAUGCUGCAAAAUGGCCGCCAGAAUCCAGGGAACUAACAUCAAGGAGGCCUCCAUCAUCGGGUUCAACAUGGUCCUUGAGAAACAACCACUCUGCGUUUGCUGCUCACCGAAUACUUCUUAUUGAAUGAACCGACGAUAAACUCAAUUCUUUUUAAUUUUGACAUAAAUAAAAUACAUUCGAAAU